UCGCCAUUUUCGACUAGUUGUGUGUGGACGGCUGUGCAGGGAGGGUCAGGCAGCGGCCCUCGGAGUGGUAGUCGUGUCUUCUUGUUUUAAGGCCCCUUGAGGCCAACCCAGUGAUUUCUUAUAUUCUCCCCAAUCACAAAAAGAGGCAAAAAUGGCCGGCCAAUCCAUCAACGACAGACUGACAGCAGCUCGCUAUAGUCUUGCCGGACAGGGGCUUGCCAAGUCUGUGUGUAAAGCCACCACCGAGGAAGUCAUUGGCCCCAAGAAGAAACACUUGGACUAUCUCCUCCACUGCACCAACGAGCCAAAUGUGUCAAUCCCUCAGCUAGCAAACCUUCUCAUUGAACGUGCACAGAUGCAGUCGUGGGUCAUAGUCUUCAAAGCCCUAAUAACAGUACACCACUUAAUGUGUUAUGGAAAUGAGAGGUUCACACAAUAUUUAGCAUCUAGUAACUGUAACUUCAACUUAGGUGGUUUCCUUGACAAAACAGGAGUAGCAGGUCAAAGUCAUCCACAGUUAAGUUAUGAUAUGUCAACAUUUAUUCGUCGAUAUGCCAAAUAUAUCAACGAAAAAGCUAUUUCAUACCGGACUGUGGCUUUUGAUUUCUGCAAAGUAAAGCGAGGGAAAGAAGAUGGCACAUUGCGGACAAUGCCCACGGACCAGCUGUUGAAGACUCUCCCCGUGCUCCAGGCCCAGCUUGACGCACUGCUCGACUUUGACUGCACAGCCAAUGAGCUCACCAACGGCGUCAUCAACUCGGCCUUCAUGCUCCUUUUUAGAGAUCUGAUUCGCCUUUUUGCCUGCUAUAAUGACGGCAUCAUUAACCUCCUGGAGAAAUAUUUUGAAAUGAACAAAAAACAGGCCAGAGAUGCUCUAGAUUGUUACAAGAAAUUCUUAAUACGCAUGGACCGUGUAUCAGAAUUCCUUAAAGUUGCUGAGGCAGUUGGAAUGGACAAGUCUGAAAUUCCUGACCUUAAGCAGAGUGUAGGCAUAGAAAAAGGUGAUAUCCCCGACCUCACCAAGGCUAGCAGAUCUGACUCAGGCUCAAGAGAGGCCUCGGCACCAAGCAGUCUCUUGGAUGCUUUAGAAGCUCAUCUAGCAUCCCUUGAAGGCAAAAAACCACCUACUUCUGCAGCUUCUACUAACUCCAGUAAAGUGAACAUCAAGAGUGCUGUAUCGGCCCUCAAUUCGACUAGUGUUUCCUUUGGUUCGGUAAGCAGCAAUGGACGUAUGGGAGAGCCUGUUGCCACCAACAAUGGGACUGCAUCUCUUGAUGAGACAACAAGGAGAGCAGCACUGGCAGAAGAGGAAGCUAUGUACGAAAAACUAAAGACGGAUCAUGCUAAAAACAACCCAUUCUUAAGCUCUCCUACUACUGAAGCCGCUCCAGCUCCUAUAACAAAUAAUGGAGAUUCAUCUCAAAUCAUUGACUUAUUUGGCACAGCACAGACUGCUGAUCCUGCUGCUACUGCUCAGGCUAGUAAAGCAUCAGAUGAUCUUCUUCAGCUAGCAGGAAACCCAUUCGCCGACAUGAUACCUGGCUCAGCUACCAGCGCUCCAGCCCCCACACAGCCGUACACUAAUGGUGUGUCUCAGAGUGUCUCUCAGAGUGUCUCUCAGAGUGUCUCUCAGAGUGUCUCUCAAAACUCCACCUCCACUGGUUUUGUUUCUGAUAAUGCGUUUGAUGCUGUCUUUGGCAACAAUAGUACAUCCCAGAACACAGUGCCGAGCAGUACCUUCAACUGGCCAGCUGCAGCCAUAGGAGGUGGCACUGACUCCGAUGUCAAUCCUUUUGCUGCCUUUGGUGUGUCAGGCCCCCCUGGUCCUUCCCUCCCCUCACAGGGUGGUGGUAUCUCUCUGGACACCACCACCACAACCACUACCAACACCACUUCUACAGCUGACCUCUUGAGUGGGUUGGAUUCCCUGGCAGGCGUUGGUAACAGUGGUGUGCCCUUCCAGGCUCCUACUGUGCAGCGCUCUCAGCCUCAAGCAUUUGAUGGGUUUGGGGACAUCCUGAAGCCAGAGGGUAGUGUGGGUGGUGGUGCUGCUCCCGUGGCCACAGCAAUGGGCACCCCAGCUCAACUUCCUGCAUCAACACAGCCCAGUAAACUUAUAAGUUCUGACCUUGAUAUGUCCUUGACAUCUUUAGUGGACAAUCUUAAUAUCAAGGGCCCUGUGGCACCUAAAGGACAGUGGAAUUCACCAAAGACCCAAAGCAAAACUGGAGGGGCUAGCUGGACUCCUGCAGCUCCAGCCUCUGCAACCGCAGGUUUUCGUCCACAAAUGCCAGGCCAGCAGAUGCCUGCACCUGGGGCACCCGUACAGCCAGGACAGUGGAGUGGCGGGAUGCCUAUGACUGGGAAUUUCCCACAGCAACCUAUGCAGGGAAUGGGCAUGAUGGGUCAAGCAUUCCCAGGUGCUGCUGCCCCUCAACCUGGGGCACAACCAACCCAAGCCUCGCAGCCAGCUGGCUUUGAUCCCUUUGGUGCCCUGUAACACUGCAGGUUGGGCAUAAUAAAUGCAUAAUAUCGGCAGUCCUGAAACAAAACCUUGCUCUUCGUCAUGACCAACUGUUAAGUGUUGUGGCUUCUCUUUGUUACCCUUGCCUCAUGUUGUAUGUUGACUGAAAGUGUGGGAAGUCGCCAACAUCGUGUGCUAGUAGUGCUGAUUGUCGUCAUCAGGCUAAAUGCAUGUCAUUUUCACCUUUUUGAGUAUAGAAGCUAUAAAGUUUUAGAAUGAAUUGCAUUGUUAAUAUUGUAACUUAUUUAAAACAAGUACUGAGAUCUUUGUUGUCCCAGACAAUUCAUAUUUGAUUAGUAGAAUAUAUACGAGUUGAUUGAUUAUCGUUAUUGAAAUAUACAUUUUAUCAGAAGUAUAACCAGCAAUAGGUUCCAGAUGUGCACUGCCGCAUAUAAACAUUAUCAUGCCCAGUCAGCCAACACAUGAUUAUUAAUUACAGUGUAUCAUAGCAUGGAUUUAAUUUAAUUUUAAGGAAUAUACAAAAGUGUAUUAUAUGAAUUGUACAUUCCAGUGUCUGUAAGCCAAAAGUUGAGUCAUGGGAUGUAGUGAGCUGAAGCUGUGUGGUGAAUCUGUAAUAUAUUUAUUUUUUUGAGGCAUCAGUAUUUUAAGUGUUGAUGAUAGAAAAUAGAAGCAGAUGUGCUUGAAAUGUAUCAGCAUCUCAUGUUAUAGCCAAAUUGCAGAAUUUAAGCUGUUAUAUUGGGUAGCAGUAGAUUACUAGUGAAAUUUUAAAAUGAAAUGCCUUGAUAUAUCAUCAAUCCAGUAUGAGAUGUUUGUAAAAGGAACAAGUACUCAGUAAUGCAACUAGUGUCUUUAUUACUGUUUUGUAAUAGAUGUGUCGAAAAACGCAAACAAGUAAGAGUUCAAUAUUGUGUAGUAGUUCUGGAUAUAUACUGUAAUUUGUCCUGUUGGAAACUGUUUUAACAUGUGAAUGACAGUCUAGACUCAAAGAAGAUCACCACACACCAAGACCCUGUAGCUCUAUUACUCAUAUCUAAAUAUAUAGAAAUAAUAGUAGCUGUACAUAGGAGAGGACGAGGUUUGCAGUGGAUGUAGUUGUUGCAAAGAAAAAUUGUGUGCAUUCCAAUUUGUGAGAUAGGCACAUAGAUAUCAUUUUUAAAGUUGUGGUGCAAGUAAAUGGGUUAAUUUCAACCUGAAUUUGCAACCUGUGUAUGUAUUAGCAGUGUUGUCAAAAUAUAUAUAAAAUGUUACUGUGAAAAUCCCAGUAGUUGGGAUUAUUUUAAUAUAGGCUGAAGAUCAGAGGUUUGUAUUUAAAAUGAGUCCUCUGUUUGCUUCUUGCCACACACACACCAAGCCUUAAGCCCACAUCUCGUAUCAUACCGUCAUGCUAAUCUAAAUUUCAGCAAAAUUUAUGUUUUUAUGUAUUUCUUGUUCAUAUUAUUGUUAAAUAUUUACCUUCUGGAAAGAAAUGAAAGUAAUAUUCAUUAAUAGGAUUAUUUUCAUUAUUUCAAUAAUUAUUAUUAUUAUUAUUAUUAUUAUUAUUAUUAUUAUUAUUAUUAUCAUUAUUAUCAUUUUUAUUAUUAAUAUUAUUAUUAUUAUUACUAUUACUAAUAUUAUUAUUGUUGAUAUAUAUAUAUAUUUGUUAUUAUGUUUCUUUGACUAAAGGAUUGUUGUAUUAUGUAGUAAGAAGUUAUGUACUUUACUGAUGUAGGUGUUUGCAAGGUUACAAAUAUACAUUAGAUGCAGUAACAAAAUGUGUGGGCCACAUAACACCUAGAAAAGUAAUCUGUGAGCAAUACUCGUACUAAGACGUAUGUCAGCCCAGAUUCCAGUACAUGCUGUUGUUCAUUGGGGCUGGUGUUUAGUGAUUAGUGAUAAGUAUUAUUCCAUAUGUAAUAUAGCCUUAUACUGAGUAUGUUAUUUUUAUGUAUUCAGUUGUGAGGUGUGAGGAAUUCUCAGGCAUAAUAAGAUGUGUACUUGGUUUUGAAGUUGAGAAGCAAAGGUAAGAAAGGGAAAAGAAAAAGAAAGUGGAGUAAUUCAUAUACAGUAUAAAGUAUUAUGAUAGUUUUUGAUUGUAGUGCAGUGUAAAAGGUAUCAAUUUUGACUGAGAGUUAACUCACAUACCUAAGGAUAGUGUUGGUUGUACAUAAACAUAUGUAAACAAGGGAAUUGGUUUCAGGUAAUUUGGGAUGAUUAUUAUAAAAUGGAUCUGAAAAAUAGUGAAAAUUUGCAUGAGCAAAAUUUCAUGAUGGCGUCAUAAUAUGAACCUCCAAUGUCCAGUAUAUCUCAUUUUAUACAUAAUGUACACAAGGAACUUAGAAAUUACAUUUAGGUCCUUCAUUUCUAUAAAUACUGUUUGUGUAUUAAGUGUAGCACCAAUACUUAUAGUUUCAUCCAUUUUUAGAGUAAAUUUAAUAGGUUUCUCUAUCAGUCAUACUUUAAAGACACUUGGUUGACAGUAUCAGAUUAAUAGUUCCUAAAAAAAAAAAAAAAAAAAGUAAACCCUAUUCCUGACUCCAAUUCUGAACUUUGUGAAAUAUAGCCUGUGUCUUACAAAUCCAGGAAGAUGUUAACAAACCUUUCUAAAAGUCACGAAAGUCAAACCGACUUAAGCUGUUCACAGAGGUAGGGUUUCAGAUUUUGUUUCUGUGCCACCAAAUUAUCCUUUAUUCCGUAGCAUCAGUGGCCGCCUCCGUGUUGUGGUAGUUGGUUGAGAACAAAAAAAUAAUAAAAAUAAAAAUCCUAAGGUCUUGAGAUUAUUUAUUACUUUGUUACAUCAUGUAUUAACUGCAAGACUUAGAAUAAAUUGUUGACAACACUGGUCUUGUAUAAAGUCAUGGUCUCAUACAUGAUGCAAAUAUGAUGUCAAGAUUUGGAACAAUUAUGAAUAAAUGUUGAAGAUGG